AAAAAUGCUUGAUGCCACAGCCAAUGCCCGAGCUCUCAGUUACAACAAAGGACUCGAGAAGACUUUUUCACUCGCUGCCCCAAUGCCCCCAGGCGGUCGUGUGGACAUUCAUCGAGAAGCCUGAUUUGAUUUAAAGUUGAUGAUGUCUUUGAGUGCUUAAAUUGGAAAUCAGGACGAUGGAGUUAUCGAUGUCUGACGUACGGACGAUUGCUUACGAGUCGCCUGUAGAUUUGCUCAAUGGGUCCUUUAACCCGGCAGGAUGUAACAACUCCUAUGUUCCGACUCAAGACGAAUAUAGACAAGCUCUUGGAGGAUUCUGGAUGCCUCUUAUUACAGCUGGGACUCUUAUCACCAUUGGCUUAUAUAUUCUUUUCUUCGAGCAAGUCUUCUACUCAAAUGCAGGCGCACAUAGAGUCUUCCGAAGGCACAUAUACUGGAUUGGAUCCGUUUACCCGUUCAUGACGCUGAUGAGUCUCGUGGCAUUGUUGGUCCCGAAAGCACACAACAUAUGCACAGCUGCAAAAAUCAUUUACAUGUCAAUCGGCAUCAGUCAUUUCGGUGACUUGACAGUGCUCAUGUUUGGAAGCGAGGAGGUGAUGCUUGCGAAAACAGAGGGCAACAAACUCAACUUGAAAGUCGGGCCCUCUUGCUGCUGUUGCACAUGUCUCCCUUCGCCGGAUGUGUCGAAGUUUAAUAUUCGUUUGGUGUUGUGGCUCUGUGACCAGAUGCCCUUCACUCAGGCUGCUUACUACCUUACGCUCCUCGUCCUUAUCGCUGGCAACAUGGUGACGCCGGGAAAUGUAAAUCCAGAUGGUGUUUUUCUGUGGCUCAAUCUCUUCAAUUUUGCUUCCUUCAUGGGGGGGUUGUACGGUUUGCAGAUAUUGCUGUAUUUCUCCAAAGGACAUCUAGAAUUCUACAACUAUAAGGGCAAGUCCACUUCGGUGAAGAUCCUCGUCGUCAUAACUAACCUGCAGAGCUUCAUCUUUGACAUUAUGGGGAACUACAGUGCUUUUCCCUGCAUUGCCCCGUACCUCUCGCCGGCGGUCUAUAAGAUCACGAUCGUGAAUUCCCUCUACAUCUUCGAAAUGAUGGUUCUUGGGAGUUACACUUACUGGCAAUACCACAGCCACGAGUUCCUGAAACCCAACCCCGCAGACGUCGAGGACCUAUACAAGGCCGAAGAAGACACCUCCAGCGUCACCACAGCCAUUACCAUCGUCGGUGAUACUGAAGGCGGAACCUCACGCCCACAACAGCGCCACCAGUCCUCACAGAUCACCGUGACGCCACAGAUAGAAAACCCAUUAGUAGAUGAAAUUCAAGGGCCACAGUAUGGGGCUGUGGCGGCUGUCACUCAGCAACCCGAGUCUUUAAAUGGUGGCCCGUAGGUCUCCUUUCUAGCGUGCAGUUAUUGGAAGCUUUAGGAAAAGGUACAUUCAGAGAACUGCCUGCACACAAAAUUCCACAGAUUCUCUUGUACGGUUAUUUUCAUUAUACUUAUUAUUAUUAUUAUUAUUAUUGUUAUCAUUGCUAUUACUGUUAUUGUCAUUAUUACUAUUGUCACUUCUACUGCUACUACGAUUAUGUUUAUUAUCAUUAUUGUUAUUAUUAUUAUUUUUAUUAUUGUUAUUAUUUUAUUCUUGUCAACGUUAUUAUUGUUGUUAUUAUUAAUAUUAGCGUUAUCAUUAUAUCAAUAAGAGUGAUGACAAUAAUUAGUAAUAAUGAUUAUCAUUAUUAUGAAUGUUUUUAGCAUCAUACCAUUGAAGGAAAGGGUAUGUUUAUUGCUAAUAAUGAUGAUAAUAACAGUAAUAAUAAUGAUGACUAUUAUUCCUAAUAAUUGCCGUUACUGUUAUUGAUAUCGUUAGUAUAAUAGUAAUGACAUUUAUUUAUUUAUUGAAAAAUUUCCUGCCGCGUUAAUAUAUAAGCUCAUUAGAGGCAUAUUCAAAACAUGGUGAUAGGGUGGGGCUUGAAGGCGAAGCCCCCAGGUAAGAUUUUUUUUGGUUCACAAGGUAAUGAUUUUGGAUUUCCGAAUAGUCGGUGGUCAAAACAAGCAAAUGUGCCAGACAUCAAAGGUCACACAGCUUUAUGACAAAGUAUUGUGGUGAAAAGGGUAAAAAUCAAUUAACUAUUGGGACUAUGCAAAAUUAGUUGAGGCGAGGGCUGAGGUCCAAAGUCAAGGCAGAUUCGCUACAUUAGAGUAGAUUCCCUACAUUGUGCCUGAGUCUCCGCCUCCUAAGACCCCCACGGCAACAGCGAGCAAGGGUUUGGAGGGUAAAAGGAAUAAAGAAUUCUUAAUUAAACUCUGACAAAUACAGAA